ACGGGGACAAGUGACUAACGGGAUACUGAUUGAUGUCCCACAGAUCUUCUUUAAGCCUAGCAUAAACAUUAAGGGGUGAAAAACGACCGUGGUACCGCAGAUAAUGAUUAUUGUCUGCAGUUGAUGGGGCCCUCUUAAUCCUGCACGCGCGACGAUUCGACGCACAGUUAUAGUGAUUCGUAUGCAUGGAAGACGUCAAGAGAAGUUGUUUGCCCGAAACAGAUCACAGUGGCCAGAGAAGGAUAGCACGUUGUUGAUGGUGUAAAUCGGAAAUUGAAGUACUUGAAGGCACACGACUCGAUUAAAUGGACGCUUUGCCGGAUUCAAUCUCUUUAGAAGAACUGGUGAACGCAUGUGAUAGCUCUCACAAUCACAACACUAUGACAGUUCAAUCACUGGACAACGGUGGCAACUCCACGGCCAGGAACUCCAGGACGGAUUCGCCGGAGAUGACCGUCAAAUCUGGACAGUCUCGAGCUCAAGACUCCAGCGUCGACAGCGUUAAAAUCAACACGCUUGCUACAGAAGAUAAUUCGGGAGACGAAGAUUCUAAGAAAAAGAGGCGGCAGAGAAGACAAAGAACGCACUUUACUAGUCAACAGUUACAAGAACUUGAAAGUCAUUUUGCCCGCAAUCGCUACCCCGAUAUGGCAACGCGGGAGGAAAUUGCGGCUUGGACAAAUCUCACCGAAGCCAGAGUAAGGGUGUGGUUUAAAAACCGUAGAGCUAAAUGGAGGAAGAGAGAGCGCAAUUUAGAGCCCUUCAAAAAUGGUUUCCCUGGAAAUUGGGCGUCGUUUGACGAUGGGUUGUAUACCGGGUAUUCUUAUCCUAACUGGGCAUCAAAAAUGCCCCCUGGCCCAUUGGGGUCCAAAGCAUACCCUUGGGGCCUCAACUCCGUUAGCCACUUGCCGUCGGUUGUGUCGUCACAACCCAUGUGUUUUUCGUCACCGCCAAAUACUAUGACGUCAUCAGUGGUGCCGAACAUGAAUAUGAACGUCGGGACUGCAAUGCACCCUGCGGCCAUGACGGGCGUCGGUGGGAAUAUUGCCAUGAACGCCCCAACAACGCCCUGUCCGUAUGGUCCUACUCCUCCGUAUAUUUAUAACAGAGACCAGUGUUCUAACAGUAUCGCCGCUCUGAGACUGAAGGCCAAGCACUACAGCUCGAAUGGGAGCUAUUCUGGGAUGUCCCCUCGAUCUACAACGCUCUCUGCCUGCCAGUACGCCAACACCGCCGUGUAAUAAUUGAAAUACAUAUACAAUAUGUAUUGUUCUGUUGUAAUCCUCCAAGGUUGAUACAACCAAAAGUUUCGGAUUAGUUGGACCCAAGCGGUGGUAUAUUUACUUGUUUUGAUUUGAUUGUCAGUAGAUUGUUCGAGGAGUUUAUGUAAGUGUUCCUUUAUAGAGAAUUUUCCCUGGUUUAAAACAGCUUAUCAGGACAGUUAAACAUAAUUUCAGUUGAUUCAUUUAAUAACAAUUUAAUUUAAAUUAACAGAAUAAUUCUUUUAGAAAAUUUUGAUGAUAGAUAUUUUACAAUUGUUUAGUAAGAAAAUCCAGUAAAGCUGAAACAGCCAGUGCGCAGUUUAUGUUGCAGUUAGAAGUGUGUGUGUGUGUGUGUGUGUGUGUGUGAGAGAGAGAGAGAGAGAGAGAGAGA